AUGAAGAACUACAUGAAGUCGAUGUCGAGUUUGAAGCUGUUGGUGCUGAUCUCGUUGUGGGUGGCGCCGCUGGUACCGCAGCCGACGGCGCCGGUGCAGCUGAGCGGUGGCGUGGCUCGGGGGACGGUGGCUCCUGACGGCACCUACCUACAGUACUUUGGAAUACCGUACGCUACUGUGACACACAGGUUUCAAGAAGCACAGCCGAAUCCGAAAUGGGAGGGUGAGUUCAACGCACACAACGAGCACAUUAGGUGCAAUCAACGGUUCUUCAACCGCAUCAUGGGUGUUGAGGACUGCCUCACUGUGAACGUGUACACUCCAAUGGAGACCAGCGGCCAGGGACUACCGGUCAUGGUGUUCAUACACGGUGGAGGGUUCAGAGAUGGAUCGGGCUCACCCUUUAUCUACGGCCCAAAAUUCUUAGUAAAACAUGGAAUUAUCUUAGUAACAGUAAACUACAGAGUAGAAGUACUUGGGUUCCUAUGCCUUGGUAUUGAAGAGGCUCCCGGUAAUGUGGGGUUGAAAGACCAAGUGCAAGCGCUGCAGUGGGUGAAGCGAAACAUUCGAGCGUUUGGCGGAGACCCUGACAAUGUCACUAUAUUUGGUGAAAGUGCAGGAGCUGCUUCCGUCUCAUACCACUUAGUGUCUCCGAUGUCUAAAGGCUUGUUUAACAAAGCUAUCAUGCAAAGUGGGUCCAGUUUAGCACCUUGGGCCUUGCAAUUUGAGCCUCUAGAGACUGCAAGUCGGCUGGCUCAAGAAAUGGGCCACACGACACGAGACCCUCUCGAGAUUCACAAAUUAUUCUCAAAUAUGACAGCUGAGGAUCUGUUGUCACACCGUGUUCCACGACAAGAGGGUGACAUCGUACAGUCACAGAACAUCUUCGUGCCGUGCAUCGAAAAGAAAAUACACAGAGUCAAACGGUUCCUGCCAGACAGUCCUUACAACCUGAUCAAACGAGGGAAAUACAACAAGGUGCCCGUCAUUAUUGGCUUCAACAACGCUGAGGGUCUAUAUUUUGCUGGCAAAGAAAACGAAACUACUUUAGCUAACUUAGAUCUAUUUAAAGCAUUACCACGAGAUUUAAAGUUUCCUUCUGAUAAAGAGAAAAUGGAAACAGCAGAGAAGGUGCGUGAGCUGUACAUGGGAGACGAGAAGUUUACAAAAGAAAUUUCUUCUUUAGAAAAGUUGGCUCGGUACGAGGGCGACGUGGGUAUCACAUACCCGGUAGUAGCUACUAUAGACCUGCUCCUGCGGACACUGGACAAAGCAGUUUAUGCGUACAAGUUCAGCUACGAUGGAUUACUAAACUUCUCCAAGUUCGCGUUUGGGUUCCGCAAAACGCCAGGCGCUACUCAUGCUGAUGAAAUAUUCUAUCUAUUCAGCUCUUUAACGCUGAAUGGGCAUCUGGAAAAGAACUUUAUUGAGAAAUUCACAACGUUGUGGACCAACUUUGCCAAAUAUGGUGAUCCAACUCCGUCAUCAUCACUAAUCUUGCCGCGAUGGGAGCCAGCAGAGGCGCAGAGUCCCCAAGUGUAUGUGAUAGACAAGGAGAGCUCCGUAGCACCAGUGUGGGAUGACCAGGGCCUGCUGUUCUGGAACCAAACAUACUCCAUGUACAGGAGAACUCAAUAA